AUGGCUCUACGACGGGAUUCACGAUCGAUCGCACGAUCUAUCUAUAUCUAUCUAUCUAUCUAUCUAUCUAUCUAUCUAUCUAUCUAUCUAUCUAUCACAAUUCCUUUCUCUCACACAUUAUCUUUUUUUUUUCCUUUCUUUUCCUUACAUUCACUUCCGUACGUCCGUCCGUACGUACGUUCUUUCUUUCUUUCUUUCUUUCUUUCAAUCUCUUUCUUUCUUUCUUUCUUUCUUUCAAUCUCUUUCUUUCUUUCUUUCUUUCUUUCUUUCUUUCUUUCUUUCUUUCUUUCUUUCUUUGUUUCUUUCUUUGUUUCUUUCCUCCUUUCUUGCCAGAUCUUUUAUUUUUCACGAUUUCUUUUUCUUUCUUUCUUUCUUUCUUUCUUUCUUUCUUUGUUUCUUUCCUCCUUUCUUGCCAGAUCUUUUAUUUUUCACGAUUUCUUUUUCUUUCUUUCUUUCUUUCUUUCUUUCUUUCUUUCUUUCUUUUCCAAAUCUUUUAUUUUUCUCGAUUUCUUUUUCUUUCUCUUUUUCUUUCUUUCUUUCUUUCUUUCUUUCUUUCUUUCUUUCUUUCUUUCUUUCCCUAAUCUUUCUUUCUUUUUUUCUUUUUUCUUUCCGAUCUUCCUUUUCUCUUUAUUUUUCCUUUUUUCUUUCUUUCUUUCUUUCUUUCUUUCUUUCUUUUUCACGCCAGUUGAUCGCUUUUUUCCUUUCUUUUAA